AUGUUCUCAUCAUUGAGUUCGUAUAUCUGGGAGUCAACAGAAGUUCAGAGCCCCAUCGAAAAAGUAACCUUUACUAUCAACAAAAAGACCUAUGAGGUCAACACAAGCACCAUUCCCGUGGACACCUCACUGAACACGUUCAUUCGUCAGCAUGCCCACCUCACGGGUACCAAGUUCAUGUGCCUCGAGGGAGGUUGCGGAACUUGCGUGGUCAACGUUUCCGGCCCGCAUCCGGUGACCAAGAAGCGGACCACGUUGGCUGUCAAUUCUUGCCUCCUGCCGGUGUUGGCUUGCCACGGUCUGGACAUUCUGACGGUCGAGGGACUCGGCAACAAGGCGGACGGAUACCAUCCGGCUCAGCUGAGGUUGGCCCACUUCAACGGGACCCAGUGUGGUUACUGCACUCCGGGAAUGGUCAUGAGCAUGUACAUCUUGUUGGAGGCCAAGCAGGGUAGGGUGACGAUGGCGGAAGUGGAGGAUUCCUUCGGAGGGAAUAUCUGCCGGUGUACCGGAUACCGAUCGAUUUUGGAUGCGUUCAAAUCGUUGGCUGUGGAUGCGAAUGAGAAGCUGCUGGACGCUUGUCGAGAUAUUGAAGAUCUGGGCAAGGUCUGUCAAAAAUCUGGAAAAGUUUGUGCUGGAAGUUGUUCAGCUGUUCAGCAACCGAUUCGAAUGAUCUAUGAGGAUCAAACAGAAUGGCACAAGGUGUGCAACGUGAGCGGAAUAUUUACUAUUUUCAAUCAGAUUGGCAAUAGACCGUAUAUGCUGGUUGCUGGCAACACUGCUCACGGAGUCUACCGACGCAGCGAUCAACUUCAAGUUUUCAUCGAUGUCAACUCCGUUUACGAUCUGCAUACAUUUGCGCUGGAUGAGAAGUUGACCAUUGGAGCGAAUGUUUCGCUAGCUGAGUUCAUAACUAUACUUAAAACUACCGCAAAUAGAAACAGUAACUUCAGCUAUUGCGAAGAGUUGGCCGAUCAUAUCGGCAUGGUUGCAAACAUCCCUGUGCGGAAUACUGGAACAAUCGCUGGGAAUCUCAUGAUCAAGAAUCAACACAAUGAGUUUCCUUCGGAUUGCUUUCUCGUUUUGGAUGCCAUUGGAGCUACUGUAACGAUCGCUGAAUCAAACGAAGGGUCGUCCACUGUCCACAUGCAAGAUUUCAUCGAAAUCAACAUGACCAAGAAGGUGAUCAAAAAUGUGGCACUUCCCGCGCUGGAUCCGUCCGUGUUUGUUUUCAAGUCGUUCAAAGUGAUGCCAACCGUGCAGAAUGCUCGCGCUUACGUGAAUGGAGCCUUUUUGAUUAAAUUUAAUGCCAGCAAGGAUCGCGUUGAGUCGGCCAGGAUUUGCUUCGGGGGAAUUAAUCCAAAGUUCACCCAUGCAGUCGCCACCGAAAACCUCCUGAUCGGCAAGAACCUUUUCGACAACAACACCCUUCAAGCCGCCUUGGGCACGCUGGCCAACGAACUCGACCCCGACUGGAUCUUUCCGGACACCUCCAUCGAGUAUCGCAAAAACCUAGCCGUCUCGCUGUUCUACAAGUUCGUCCUUUCGAUCGUCCCGGAAGACGGCCGCUUCCCACUUCGGCCAGCAUACAAAUCUGGUGGACAAAUGCUGCAACGUCCCCUUUCCUCGGGAAAGCAGAGCUUCGACACGAUCGAGAAGAACUGGCCGCUCACGAAGUACGUGCCCAAGAUCGAAGCGUUGCCGCAGACGACCGGCGAGGCGCAGUUCAUCAACGACCUUGCUCCGCAACCGGGCGAGCUGUUCGCUGCGUUCGUUCUGGCCACCGAGGUGCACUCGAAAAUUGUCGGUUUAGAUGCGUCGGAGGCACUGAAAUUGCCCGGAGUUGAGUUAUUCUAUUCGGCGAAGGACAUUCCGGGGAUCAACAACUUUGUGACUCCAAAGUUGCCGUUUACCGAAGUGGAGGAGAUUUUCUGCAGCGGAGAGAUUCUUUUUCACAGUCAUCCGGUUGGUUUGAUUUUGGCUGAAACGUUCGAGCUGGCGCAGAAAGCUGCUAAAUUGGUUCGUAUAAGCUACGAGAAGGUCAGCGAUAGGCCGGUGUACGCCACGGUAAAGAUGAUCAUGGAUAAUGAUAGUCGGGAUCGGUUUGUUGAGAGUGCUACCAAGAAGAGUGGGGAGUUGUCUGGAACUAAAAUUGUGAAGGGAAGAUUAGAGCUUGCCGGGCAGUAUCAUUACCAUAUGGAAACUCAGACCUGCAUUUGCGUUCCCUUGGAAGAUGGAUUAGACGUGUAUUCCUCAACUCAGUGGAUGGAUCUGGUCCAGAUAGCGAUCGCCGACUCGUUGCUGAUCCCGAUGAACAGUAUCAACGUUCGGGUUCGUCGUCUAGGUGGAAGCUAUGGGGGUAAGGCCCUACGGGCUACACAAGUGGCUUGUGCCUGUGCCCUGGCAGCUCAUCUCAGUCGUCGUACGGUGAGGUUGGUCCUUCCCAUGGAGACCAACAUGGCAAUGAUUGGAAAGCGCAUCGGGAACAUCGCGGAUUACAACGUUGAGGUUGAUCAUAACGGGAAGAUCAUCAAGCUGGUGAACAGAUUUGUUCAGGAUUAUGGGGCAUCGGUCAAUGAUAACAUUCAAUACAUGGUCUCCAGAUUCUUCGGCAACUGUUACGACUCGAAAGGUUGGGAUAACGCCGGAAAGUCGGUGAAAACCGAUGCUCCAAGCAAUACCUGGUGUCGGGCACCAGGUUCCACCGAAGGCGUAGCCAUGAUCGAGAACAUCAUGGAACACAUCGCGCAUGAAACGGGACUCUGUCCGCUCGACGUUCGAAUGAUCAACCUUGAGAAGGAUCACAAAAUGCACCAACUUAUUCCGCAAUUCCGCAAGGAGAUCCAGUACGACGAACGAAAGCGCGCCAUCGAGGACUUCAAUGUGUUGAAUCGCUGGAAGAAACGUGGCAUCGCGAUCGUUCCGGCGCAGUUCAUCACUGAAUAUCUGGGAGUUUUGAGCACUAUCGUGUCGAUCUUCUACGGUGAUGGAACAGUAGCGGUCACUCACGGUGGCAUCGAAAUGGGACAAGGUAUAAACACGAAGGUGGCGCAGGUAACGGCGUUUGCACUGGGGAUUCCACUGAAGAAGGUCAGCGUGAAGCCGGCGGUCAGCUUCGUAACGCCAAACAACUUCGCAACGGGCAGUAGCAUCACGAGUGAAGCCGUUUGCCAUGCCGCUAAAAAAGCUUGCGACAUUCUUCUGGAACGUAUGCAGCCCAUCCGUAAGGAUAACCCUAACGCCUCCUGGGAGACGAUCGUCCAAAAGUCCUACGCCAAACACAUCGAUCUCUGUGCGGAGGCGGCCUCUGGCCAGGGAGAGAUCCCCAACUACCUAAUCCCUACGCUGAGCUGUGCCGAACUCGAGGUGGACAUCCUCACCGGGAACGUUCAGGUGCUGCGUGUUGACGUUCUGGAGGACGUCGGUGAAAGCAUCAGUCCCGGAAUCGACGUGGGACAAAUUGAGGGCGCCAUGAUCAUGGGCAUUGGAUAUUACCUCACGGAAGCCCUGGUUUACGACGUCGAAAAUGGUGCCCUGCUGACAAAUCGUUCCUGGAACUACAAACCGCCGGGGGCGAAGGAUAUUCCUGUGGAUUUUCGGAUCAACUUUCUUCGCGGAAGUUCGAACCCGUUGGGAGUGCUGAGGUCGAAGGCAACAGCCGAACCGCCGUUCAAUACGACGGUGGUGGUGUUGUUUGCACUGAGAAAUGCACUGCGCGCGGCUCGGAAGGACGCCGGGUUGCCGGAUGUGUGGAUUCCGCUAGGGGCUCCGACGACGCCGGAUAAGAUUCUUCUACUGGCUGGGAAUACUAUUGAUCAGUAUCUGUUGAAUUGAUUGAUUUGGUUUGGAUUUUGUUUUAUUUUUAUUAUAUUGUAAUAUCUUAGAUAAUAUGGUGAAAAGGGUUAAUAAAAGUAUUGUUAAAAUAGUGGGGGUAACAUUUUCAAAUUAAAAAGAAUUAGUAACAACUCUUCCUUCUCUUCCCUACGAUCGGACUUCCUCGUCAGAGCCACCUCAAUUUUUCCAUUAACCCCAAUUUACCUUUUUCGCUAACUGGGGCAAAUUGUGGCCCCA